CAUAAACUUUUCUUUAUUUCUCUUAAACCCUAUUUUACUUACAGCCGUCCCAUCCCUCCCAGCCACUCAACCCCGCCCCGCCGCCGUCUUACCGGGUUUCUCCGGACACUGCACUCUGAGCUGCCGCGACCUCAGUCUUCCGAAGAAGUCGCUUCUGUUCCCUGCCUCUCCCAGCAAACGGAGAUACAUUGGUUCCUUAUCUCUGUUUUUUUUCUUUCAAAAAACGAAGUAGUUCAGCCCCUGGCCGGUGCCGUUGGUGAGAUCGCGCCGCCACUCAUUUUUAACUUCCUCAGUGAAGGUCAAAUAAAAGAAAAUCUGCACAAACCCCUGGUCUUUUGAAACUUAAAGAUGGUGAAGAGGAGCAAAAAGAGUAAAAGCAAGAGGGUUAGUUUAAAGAAGAAGUACAAGAUCAUUAGAAAGGUGAAGGAGCAUCACAAGAAGAAGGCAAAAGAAGCCAAGAAGCUAAGCUUCAAGGGGAAGAGCAAAGUUGAGAAGGACCCGGGUAUUCCCAAUGAUUGGCCCUUCAAGGAACAGGAGCUCAAGGCUCUUGAAGCUCGUCGGGCCCGUGCUCUUGAUGAGAUGGAACAGAAGAAAGCAGCUCGGAAGGAGAGGGCUCAAAAGAGGAAGUUGGGGUUGCUAGAUGCUGAUAAUAUGGAUUCUGUAGAUCAAAGUUCAGGAGAGAUCAAGGGUGGAAAUAGCUCUGCAGGGCCUGCCCGGAAUCAUGAUAACUCUGACAGGGUUUUCUUCAAGGAAUUGGCCAAAGUCAUUGAGGCAUCAGAUGUUAUUUUAGAAGUUCUGGAUGCACGGGAUCCCCUUGGCACCCGUUGUAUGGAUAUGGAGAAGAUGGUGAUGAAAGCGGGUCCUAAUAAACAUCUUGUUCUACUUCUGAAUAAAAUUGAUCUUGUCCCUCGAGAGGCCGUUGAGAAGUGGCUUAAUUAUCUGAGAGAAGAAUUGCCUGCUGUUGCCUUCAAGUGUAGCACGCAAGAACAAAGGUCCAACUUAGGUUGGAAAUCUUCAAAGGCGUCUAAAACGAAAACAAGCAAUUUAUUGCAGAGUAGCGACUGCCUUGGAGCUGAAACUCUAAUUAAACUGUUGAAGAAUUACUCAAGAAGUUAUGAGAUUAAAAAAUCAAUAACCGUGGGUGUUAUUGGCCUGCCUAAUGUUGGCAAAAGCAGUCUUAUUAACAGUUUGAAGCGAUCCCACGUUGUCAAUGUUGGUGCUACACCAGGAUUAACGAGAUCGAUGCAAGAGGUCCAUUUAGACAAGAAUGUCAAGUUGUUGGAUUGCCCUGGUGUUGUGAUGCUAAGAUCUAAAGAAAACGAGCCAUCUAUAGCUUUGCGAAAUUGCAAAAGAAUUGAAAAAUUGGAAGAUCCUGUUGCUCCUGUUAAGGAGAUCUUGAAGCUCUGUCCUUCCAAAACCUUAGUAACUCUCUAUAAGCUUUCAAGCUUUGAUACGGUCGACGAUUUUCUGCAAAAGGUAGCUGUUAUUCGGGGAAAACUUAAGAAAGGGGGAAUUGUGGAUAUUGGAGCUGCUGCUAGAAUUGUUCUACAUGAUUGGAACGAAGGUAAAAUUCCAUACUACACAAUGCCACCCAUUAGAAGUCAGGUAGAGCCUUCAGAGGCAAGGAUUGUCACCGAGCUUGGGAAAGAUUUCAACAUUGACGAAGUUUAUGGUGGUGAAUCUUCAUUCAUUGGAAGCCUCAAGUCCGUUAAUGAUUUCAAUCCAGUUGAAGUUCCCCCUAGCUGUCCACUGAAUUUUGAUGAGAACAUGCAAGAGCCAAAUAAUGAGAAUGUUGAGCCGUCUAUACAAGAUGGCAAAAUCCUGGAAAAUGCAAUGGAUAAUAGCGAGGACGAAUCGAUGGAGCAAGAUGAGAAAGACAACGACGACACGAGCAAAGUAAAGGGACAAGAUGCAACUAGCAGGCAAAACGAAAAGCUGUAUUCAGUAGAAGGUAUUUUAAAUACAAAAAUGAGGAAAGCAGAGAAGAAAAGGAGAAAGAAGGCAAACAAUAGUAUAUCAUCAGUGUCUACAGAUGCUAUGGAAGAUGAUGAUUACGAUUUUAAAGUGGACUUCAAAAAAAAAUGAUGGAUAUCUUAAUGGAUAAACUACAACCGCAAUGAGCAGAGCUGUAAAUUCAAGAGUUUUGUGUUAUGAUUUUUAUUUAAAACUUAGAUGUCAUUCAUGGCAUUGUUGUCUUAAUGUAUGAAAUUUUUGGUUAAACAAUGUCGUAAUGUAAGAUUUUUUUAAAAAACAUAUGUUAUGUAUUUAUUUUAUUA